AUGCCUCCAAAGAAAGCGCAAAAGAACUCGCCCGCUACCGAACGUCGCGAGCGCUUGACCCUGGCCAAACUGGCCAGCUAUGACGAUGUCGCAACCGAUGCGCUAGUGGAUCACGCCUAUUUUUGGACCACCACCCGCAAGAACCGCACCAAGUACAGCCCUGCCCGCGGAAUCCACGAUGACGAUAUUGGGCGCAUCCUUCUCCACGAUGUCAUCGUCGACAAGGAUAUCCCAACGGCGGAACGCAAGCUGCUGGAGAUAUCAGGCUUAAAGAAAUACAUGACAAACCUCCGUAGCCCUCGAGAGAAGGAGUGGUUCCGCCGACACCUCCGCAAGUACAUUCAGAUGUAUCUUCCUGAUUGUCCGUUUGAGGUCACCACGACCAAUCGAUACAUCAUCACGCAACACGAGGCAGCGAUCUGCGCUCGCAGUCUCAUUAAAAAGGGAGAGGAGAUUAAACACCUGAGUGGAACGCUUGUGUCUAUGACUCAUGAAGAAGAGUUAGAUCUCGGCUUAACCCGCAAAGACUUCAGCAUCGUAAUGUCAAGUCGCCGCAAAGCCCCAUCGUUCUUUCUGGGUCCGGCUCGUUUUGCAAAUCAUGAUUGUGAUGCCAAUGGCAGCUUGACAACCAGGGGCAACGAGGGCAUGUCUGUCGUAGCCAUGCGCGACAUCCACGAGGGAGAAGAGAUCACGGUUUCCUACGGAGAGGACUACUUUGGCGUUGACAAUUGCGAGUGUCUGUGUCAUACAUGUGAGAGGGCUGUUCGUAAUGGUUGGUCUUCACAGGUUGACACAGAUGCAAACAGCAAAGAGUCCAGCCCCGUGUCUGAAGCUACACCUGAAGAUAGCAAUGUGAGCAGGAAGCGUAGACGCAGCUCAGACGUGGAUGAACCCGACAGCUCCUCUACUUCAAAUUGUUCCACUCCGCGCAAACGUGCAAAAUUCCAACGACAAGUUUCCAAGUUGCGAGAAGAGAUCUCGGUUUCUGAACUUGCUGGGGAAUCAGGUCCAACGAGCGGAUCAAAGAACGCCCCUAUCCUGGAAACUGCAUCAAUUCCAACUGCUCUUCUGGUGGAACCUGUGUCCAACAUGAAAAAAGAAAUCACAGAGCUAACCGCAGUGGUAUCGCCAACUGAUUCACCAACCCCUCUCCCGGUUGUCACAGGGGCGGAGGAACCAAGCUUGAUUUCCCAAGGCGAAUCAGAUGGGAUAAAUGGCACUCAUUCUACGAUCCCCACGGAUUGCGAAUCUCCAUACUCCACCGCCGAUGAAACACACCCAUCUUCGACGUCAACUACCCCCACAACUGAGGACGACAUGGGAACCAAGAUCAAGACAGAAGAGACUGUGCUGGAAUCGUCUGAGUCGAAAUCACUCUACGGUGAGGAUCGUCCUGAUGCAUCUCCCGAAGGUCAGCCAGCCACCACCCACCCCAUGGACAUUGACCCCGAAGAAGGACUGUCAGACUUAUCAAAUCCCACCAAGCUAGACGACGCCAAUGGUGCGGUUGUGGACACACCUAAAAAGCGAAAGCCUCGCACCAAGCGGCGAUUCAUCGUAGACUCCGUUGAGACCGAGUCACAAGUUGCCCGAGUCCCUGGAGACUAUACCAAGACGUCACGAUUGCUUGCCCAGAAGUACGACCGCUGGGUAGAGUGCCAGACCUGUGAUACAUGGUUCCUCCAGUCAAACUCAUAUCUUACGCGACGUGAAUGUCCGCGCUGCGAACGCCAUUCCAAGCUGUACGGAUACCAGUGGCCAUCAACGGAUAAAAGCCCGGAUGGCGAAGAACGAGUAAUGGAUCACCGCACCAUCCAUCGUUUUCUGUCCCCCGACGCACAAUCACGUAUCUGUCGCAGAGACCGCGGUGUCAGUUUUGGGAUCACCCCCACCCCCGAGCUGUCUGAUACAAACACCCCAGAAACUGAGACCAGUGAUGCAGCCGAGUCUCGUCUUGAUGCUCGGGCAAGCCGGCGUCGCACUAGAGAACUUCGCAUGAAUAUGUAA